UAUCUAGGACAAGCUCACAACCAAUGGUAUACAGUUGUUCUGUUUCUUGAAUCAAUGUGUUUCCAAGCAUCUAAAUUUAAUGGCCAAUGUAUUUUGAAUGAUUUGAUCUACUCAAUCGAUCCGCCUUCCAAUGAACAGACUGACUUUGUUCUUUCUAAUUUAAAACCCCAUGAAUUCCCAUUUGGAGCUGCAACUCUAUCACUCAUUUCAUUAUAUAAUGAAAUGAAUGAUAUUGACUUUUUAACUUUCGCUUGGUGGUAUCGAAUAUCUUCUCACCAGAGACAUCAAAAGACAUUCGUUGAAAGUAUGAACGAUUCUGUACGGUCAUCGUCAGUACUUACAUGUUUAGAAUUUGCUCAGCAUGGUUACCUAUUGCGAUCUUUGGAUUAUGCUAUGGAUAAUCUUUCAGGUAGUCAAGUUCUGAGUACUACGAAUUCACUAGAAGCAUCGUCGUGUGUGGGAAGUUCGGCAUCAUUAAACCGUGCAGCUGCUGCCGCAGCCGCAUCAUCGUCCAACUCAUUUCCUUCCAGUCGCCCAAUCAUUCUUGCAGAUCCUUCACUACAUUUAGGAGAACUUGUUAAUCGUGCACGUCUUCGUGAUUACUGUGUCCUACAAUUAAAACAACUUGGUCAAUGGGAAAGCUUAGAUUCUUUAGCAUCUUCUAUUCAAUCGGCCAAUCAUAUGACUAGUUCAUUCGGUUCUACUUCAACUUCUGGCGGAAAUCCGAACACUGCAGCUGUUGUUAGUUCAAGCAAUUCUGGUGGUUCUAGUUAUUGGGGUUUAAAAGCAGAUGCAGCAUGGCGACGAAGUGAUUGGUCUGAAGUAUACUAUGAUUUGGCUAGAUUGGCUAAUGAAUGUCCUCGUAGUGAACUACCAAGAUAUGCUCUUAUUCAAGCUGCAGCUUGUGUAGCAGGACGUCGAGCACCUGGACUGGGAGCAAUCAAUAAUCCAAGUGUAGAUAUUAUUGAUUCUUAUAAUUCUAGUUUAAAUUCAAAUGAUAUAUCCACUGGAUCAACAACUACUGGUCCUAAUUCAUCUGUUCCAAAUAAUACUAAUCCAACUAAUGUCACUUCAACUCCUCCGUCUAAUGCUCUACAUUCUAAUACUGGGUCUGUAUCACCUAUGAACAAUAUUGUCAAUAUGAUUCACGCUUCAGAACAAGAAAGUCAUCGUGUUGUAACUGUUACACUUAUGGAAUGGAGGCGUUUACCUCUUAUUGUUACUGCUCAGCAUAUACCUUUACUUCAGAUUGCUCAUCGUGCAGUUGAAAUAACCGAAGGUAACAGUUUAUUAGCUCAAUAUUGUGGCCAUGUUCUGGGUGGUUCUACUCUUGCUUCUGGUGUGUCUAAUUCUUCUUAUUCUAGUCCUAGUCAAACCAGUUCUGGUUCAUCCACACCAGUACCACAAACAAAUUCAAUUUCCACAACAUCUGCAUCAUCAGUCAAUAUGCGUUUACCUUUUAAUCAAGCACUUCAUGAUUAUAAAACUGUAUUCAAGGCAUGGCAAAGUCGACCAUGUUCAAUUGGAGAUGAUUUAGGAUUUUGGCAUGAUCUUUAUUCAUGGAGACAAGUAGUUGAAGAAUGUAUCAUAAGCUGUCACCCAUUUUCCCAAAAGUUGAAAUCCGAAAAUAGUAAUUUAAUCGCACUAUGUCAGCGUGAAUUAGCACUGAGCCAAUUACAACUUGCUCGUGGUGCACGCAAAUGUCGCUUCCCAAGUAUUGCUCAACAACAUUUAGACAGAUAUACACGUAUGAAUCUGCCACCAUUAUUUGAGAAAACUAAACAAGAAAUCAAGUUAAAAUUGACCGACCUACGUAAAGAUGAACUUUUAGAGGGAUUGGAACUUAUGGAGAAGACUAAUAUUCAACAGUUUGAAAAGAAAGACCGAGCUAAGUUCUUCUGCUAUAAGGCUGUUUUCUUCUCUCAUUUUAAUAAGGGCGAUGAAGCAACAAAAAAUUUCGGUUAUGCAACUCAAAUGCAAGACAAUCUACAUAAAGUUUGGUCAAUUUAUGGUGACUUUUUGGAAAAUGUUUAUUCUAGCUAUCCAUCUGUAAAACGUGAAGUUGCUGUAUCAACAACCGGUAUUUUUGCUAUGCUAGCGCUUAUGGAAGCUGCUAGCGUUUCUGGUGAUAUUGAACGAAAAAGCCGGGGUGAUAUUGCCAAGUGUUUAUGGUUAUUAACACUUGAUGAUGUUAACGGUCAACAGCGCUUGGGACAUACUUUUGAAGCUAGAGCUAGUCGAGUUCGACCAGAAGUUUUUUUACCAUGGCUUCCGGAUCUUGUAGCAUCUCUUUUACGUCCAGAAGGUCGUUUUAUCGUUUCCGCUUUACGUAGAGUAAUAAUUGCCUAUCCUACAGUUCUUUAUGGUCAUUUAAAAGGUUUACAACAUCAGUUAGCUACAGAGGUUAACAAUGAUCAAAAACUUGCUGAAAUUAUUCAUACUCCUGAAAGUAAAGAUGAUCCUUAUAUUAUUGCUAUUCAAAAUCGUAUUACAUCAACACUAGGUUCAGGAAAAGAAGCAUUCAUAAAAUGCGGUAAUUUGUCUUGGUCAUUGAAUCGUGGAACUGGUACAUUUGAUAUUAAUAAUUCCGAUGGACAAACAGGUUACAGUUAUAGUAGUACACAUCAUCCAUUUUCAUUAUCUUCAACAUCUUGCAACACUCCUAAAGUUGGUUCUCAUAAUAACAAUAAUAAUAAUUCCAACACCAUAUAUCCUAAUUCUUGUGGAGUUAAUUCAUCGAUUUCGUCGAAUUCUAAUACUUUGAGUAAUUCAAAGAAAAAGAAACGUGUAAUUGUUGUUAUGCGAGGUGUUGAAGGUGAACGAUUGAAUACAUCACCUAGUUCUUCACCACCACCACAUCCACUAACACCAACACUAAAACAACAGAAACCUGAUUUUAUUGGACAAUUAUCAUCUCGUUCAAUAAAUCAUCCUAAAAAGGUUGUGAUUCGUGGAUCAGAUCAUGACUCAACAAUACCCCCUAAUUCAGAUCACGAUCAAAUUGAUUAUUUAAGUGAAGAUGCUGAAAUGACAGAAUUAGAAGAAGAUACUGAGAUAACUGAUGCUGAUCGUGAUGAUGAGGAUGAGGAUUUCACUGGAAAUGAAGAUAUAGGAUUAUAUGAAACUGAUUCAAGUACUAAAAAUGUAAUCAAUGAUUUAGAGCCAAAAGUUGUUUUAUCCGAUAUUGAUGAUGAUGCUGUUGGUAGUGAUCCAGUGACUGGCGCCAUUUCAACUGAUUUAGUCGAACAAACGGUAGAUAUUGGCUAUGGAAAUUCAGUAACUGGUUGUUUGUCUAAUUCAGUUGUUCAUGGUCUUCACUAUGCAAAUAUUCUAAUUAACCAACUUAAACGUAAGCAUCCAGCUCGUUUAUAUGUAGUGGAUUUAUUCACAAAUGAAGUCGGUGGUCGUUUAAGACCUUCAUGGUCUGAACAGUUUUUAUCUCAACUAUGCUCAGUUCUGGAUUAUCUUCAACGUCUUGCGUACGCUCAUUUACAUCCAGGUAGACGGUGGAAUUUUAAAAAUUUGCAAACUCAAACUAUUCCACUUUGGUUAGCUACUGAAUUAAAAAUAAUGGCCCAUGAUUGUGGUAUGCCAAGAAAUACGUUUCGCUCGUCACAUAUAACAGAACAUGCAACUCCUCUUCACAGUUCAAUCAAACUUGAUUCAACCUCUCAAUGUGUUAUGUCUACCGAUUCUCAAAAUGAUGAAAAAGAGAAGUCAAAGUCCCCACAAUCAAAAUUGACUACCCGAGCAUUCGCUUGUACCAAACCUAAAACCAAUCUUGACAUUGCUUCUGAACAAGAUGAUCCUAAAUUAUCCAGUGAUCCACAAAAACAAUCUGUUUUAUUGCCAAACAUUUCAGCUUUUCACGAAGUUGAUCGAAUAGCAUCUGAAGUCUUGUCUGCAGAAUGUGAAAAAGAUCCAUUUUUCAAACACCUCCGUGAUACACUGUCUACUGAAAUGACGAAUUUACAAAAUGAGAGCAUAUUGUCUCUUAUCGAGAAGCUGACACGACGUUGGAUCCCAAUGGUUGAACAACAUGUAGCUAAAUUACCUGUUCGUACUCAUAUUUCCAGUUACGGGGCAAAACGCCUAUUAGAACUACCUAAUAUAGUCUCUCCUGUCAGUACACCUAUUACGCCUUCGUCAAAAUCAAAUGUAUCAAAUGCACCACAACCAUUUUCUGUUUUCUCCUCAAUUCCGACAUUUCCUUGUCUCGAACUCCCUGGGGAAUCAGGGCUUCUCCAGUCAUCUUCCGUAAAUUUAAGUUCAAUGGCUAAUUCCCAUCAUUCUCAAAACGAAUCCAGUCAACAAAUAGGUGGCUACAUUAAUAAUAUUCCUUUAUAUCUUCAUGUAGCUGAAAUCAUGCCACACGUAGAGCGUAUUCGUUGUUCAUCUGGUGCAUUUGCUCCACCUGCUCGUCGUAUAGGUUUCCGCGCUAGUAAUGGAAGGUUAUUUUUUUACGAUUUACCAUGUCCAAGUACUCCUCCAAUCAUGGAUCUAGCUGUCAUGCAGAUAGAUGCAUUGAAUGGUGCGAAAUGUCAUGAACUUCUCAAUGCAAUUUCUGUUAAUGAAUCUACCAAUCUUGAACACCUAACUGGGAAGGAAUUUUGCCCAUCGGCUUAUAUAAGCUGGAGACAGAGUGGUCCUCUUCAACUAUUCCAGAUGAUUAACUCUGUAUUGCUUGGACAGCCGGAAACAGCUAAAAGAAAUCUCUCACUAUUUGUUUCAAGGCGAAUGGAAGUUGGUCCUUCUGGACUUUACUUAACUCAAUUUGGAUCAUCUGUAUCGGCAGCGAAUGUUAGUAUAGCCAGUGCAUGUCCUCUACCAUCUGCAAAUCCAGUAAAUAAUCGUAGACUUACAGCUUUAGCAAGACCGCCUCCUGUUGGACCCAGUUUUCCAUCAACCUCCGUAGAUGAGAAUCCACCUAAUCACGUUUCAUCAUCAACAUCAUUCUGUGAAGAAGCUUGCAAACAAUAUUCUUGGUCUUUAUCUUUUGCUGAAUCUCAUUUAAAUCCACAGAAUAUCGAUAAGAAUCAAUUAUCUAGUCAAGGAAUCUUGGAAUCUCUUAAGGCUCGAAUCCGUAUACCAUCUCCUCCACCUGGACCGCUACCGAAUUUAAUGACUGUUCAACCAACUAGCUUAGUUAAUCAAUCAACAGUUGUUGGAAGUGCUGCUAUGGCUUUGGAGGCUAUUGGACGUCCAGCUGGAUUAGAUGCUGGUUGUCGUUGUGUUUGUAAUACAGUUUUUGGUAUAUUAGAAAAAUCUAAUUGUACAUUAUUGUUUAACUCUAAUUACAAACAGAAAUACAAAUUUGAUGAUUUAUUACAAUCUACGAAGUUGGAACAUCAACAAGAAGUUAAAAUAAAAACUAAAUCUUCUUCUUCUUCUUCUGAUAGAAUUCAAAGCUUAAUGAAUUCUUCUAUUCUGAAAAAUUCACCAACUGGUUAUCGAAAUUUGAUUUGUUUAUUUUAUGAAUAUAUUUCAAAAAUAUCCAAUCAGAAUGAAAUUACAAAUCAUGAUUUAUUUAAAAUAUUUCUUGAUCUUUCAUCACGAAUUCCACAGGCUCCAAAUAUUCGCGAUCCUGUAUUCUCAAACCUUGGAACGUUUGGUAAUGAUGAUGAUGAUUUAGAUAAUCAAAAGAUGACUUUAGAAUCUUUAAAAAAUCAAUUAGAAUUUCCACGUGGUAAACUUCUUCAAAAUUGGGCAAAAAAUCAAAUGCUUGAUUCUGAAAGUUAUUGGUUGUUACGCCGUAGUUUAGCACAUAAUCUUGGAACUUAUGGGCUUAUAGAACGAUUGUUUCAUUUAACACCUCUUCAUCCUGGUUGUUUAGUGAUUGAUCCACGUUCUGGCCAUACUGAAGCGCAUCAUGUCUGUUUUGGAUUGCCAGGAGAUAAUUCUUCGUCAGAACAAUCUCAUUUGUUGAAUUCAGAAAAAGGAUUUAAUCAACCAUAUUUCAUUUCUUGUUUUAAUCAAUCCAUGCUUAUACAGAAACUGGAGAAAUCUGGUAAAAAACAAUCUUCAAAUAUUCAGUUGUCUUCUAAAAUCUCAACUGAUUCUUCCACUAUUGAUGAUGUUAGUGAUAAAUGGUUGAGUCACUAUCGUCCAGUACCAUUUCGUUUAACACCACAUUUAGCUGGUCUUGUUUGCUUACCUGGAGCUCCAGCAAAAGUUGGUCCUUUCGCAGCUAGUUUCACUACAACUGCACAAGCUUUGAUGAAUGCACCAUAUGAUCAUAGUUUAACCAGUCUUUAUCGAACACUUUUACGUCGUGAUUAUAUUCUAUGGCAUCGAGGCAGACAAUCUUCUAUAUAUGCUUAUCAAUUACUUGUGAGUGAGCAAGAUGAAACGAUUCAACAAUCAUCAUCAGCAUCAUUAGAAACUUGUCAACCUUCAUCAUCAUUUUCUGAUGAGAAUGAAUGUUCAACAUUGAAUUAUUGCCAUUCAUCAUCACCAACUCUUGUACCAGAUUUGACUAAUGAACAAUUAAUUACACUGAUAAAUUGUACAAUAGAAUCUAUGAAUGGUAAAUUAAAAGUUGCUUCCGACUAUUCGGGAACUGAACCAAAAUCAUGGAAACUUAUCGAUGAAGCUACAAAACCUUCAAAUUUAAUUCACAUGGAUCCAAAUUUAUUACCUUGGUUGUAAACAAUGCUAUUUUUUUUAGGAAUUGUAUCACAUUUUGUUUUUUGCAUUUCUCUCCUCCAAUAUCAUCAUCAGGUCACUAUGGAAAAUGAUCACCCGGUUUUGUUAAAUUAUCUUAUUGUUUAAAAUUCCAUCUUUGUUUCUUUUCGUGUAAAAAAAAUCACUAUGUUUUUGUAUUGUUCGUUCUCCUUUCUUUUGAUACUUACCGUAGAAUUUUGAGAUUUCCCUGUCUAUUUUAUUAUUAUUAUUAUUAUUAUUAUUAUUAUUAUUAUUAUUCAUUGUCUUUAAUGUUCAUUUGGCUUUUUUCUGUCUAUGUUCUCUCAUGUCAAUAAUGUUAUUGUUAAUGUAAAUAGUAAAUGCUGAUGUAUUUAAAUUCAUUUUUUAUUGUUAUUAUUUAAAAAACACUAGUCAAUAACUGUGAGAGUAUGUCUUCUAGUUCUCUACACUUCGUUUCCAUCUGUUCAUAUUUUUGUCAUGCGUUUUUACAUUAUUUCGAAUCAUUUAAGUCACAUCGUAGUUAAUUCGAUUAGUAGUACGUUGUUGGCUUAGUUACUUUCUCGAUGACUAAAUAAUGUUUUCCUCUCCACGAGACUCAAAAGAUCUCAGUUCGACCGCGUGUCUUUGGUUGUAUACAUUUAUGGACUUAACAAACAUCUGUGUGGUCCUGUUUUUUUCUUAGCUGAU